CAUUAUCUGUUGCUAAGAAGAUAGAGAAAGAUAAAAGCCACAUGGGGAUGUUGUACAGAAAGCCACAAAUGCUGCUUAAUAAAACCUUUCAAAAGACCAAGAACCUCUUCUUCAAAACACUACAUAAUCUCAAUUCAUUUCUCUUUAAAAGUCAUCACAAGUUACCUAAAGUUUGUCACUUCAAUCCCUUCUUCUCUCGUAGCAACCGAAUUCCAAACAGCAUUAUUCAAGAAUUGGACGAUUACUACAGAGACUUUCCUCAACAAUGGGAAUGUAGUAACAAAAACGAAGUUCCACAGAGAAAGAGCAUACGCGAAGAAUCAGUAAACAACACGAGGAAAGUACAGAAAGAAAAAAUGGAAGAUGCAUUGCUUCGAAACACAAGUAAAGGUGAGGUAUUAGUACAGAAGAUGAAGGAACUAGAGAUGAUGGAUGAGGAAGAUUUGGAUCAAAUGAUGGACAUAAAAGAAGUUCUCUACUACUACUCUUACCUAAAAUGUCCAGUUUACCUUGACAUUGUUGACAGGUAUUUCAUGGACAUGUAUAAUGAGUUAUCACUUCCACAGACAUUCAUCAAUGUCAACAGUUAAAUGUGAAGUCUUGGUCACAUUAAGCUCUAGAAGCUACAGAGAAAAUGUCUUUGCUUACUAAUGAAAGUUUUCGAGCUUAGCUAACGUCUUUAUGUCUGUUAAUUGCCAUGCCAUGUACUUCUAUAUUGAAAAAUUUCAGAAAACCUCAUUAGAUGUGAGUUAAUUUCUCAGACAAUCACUCAACUAGUAGUUAUUACCUCAUAAAAUUGGAAUCAAGAAGUAAAGUGACUUUCUGAGUUGACAAC